AUGUGGCGCGCCACCAAAGGAGAUGUGGUUGCAUUCGAAAACCCCUCGCUAAAACACUGGAUCGCCCCCUGUCUUAAUAGAUCAGUUGAUCGAUGGCUGCAACUGAAUGGCUCCACUUUUGACAAGGCUAGAAUUAUGGCUGUCAAAGCUGGUAUCCCGGUUAUAAAAGAACCCAUGGGUUUGAUAGAAAAAGGAGCCUUUAGGCCUGAUGGUUACAUUAUCACUCCAUGGGCUCAGGGACGGUCCCUGGCUUGGGACGUUACCUUACCUCACACUAUGGCUGACCGAUAUAUCGGCUACACUUCAGUGGAGGCGGGCACUGCUGCCCUUAAAGUGUCCGAUUUCAAAAAUGAAAAAUACGUUUCAUUAAACAAUUUAAGCUAA